ACACGUGACUCCGCUUUGGUCACACGGUCAAUGACAUCAGCAAAAGCUUUACCGAGGCAGAUGUGUAAAGUAUCGUUGCAACACAUGUAACAUACUACCAGCUGUGAGCACAAGGGCUUUAUUCUCACCGUGAGUGGACCUUUCGGGACGAACAAGCAAAAUCAGACGAGCAAAACCUUAGGAUAAACCGUUUUAAGGACAGGGUGCCUCUAUUGGUGCUAACAGUGGUAAGCUUAGCUAGCAUACCUGGUGAACUUUUACUUUCAUUGCUUAGUGUGUUUGACAAUUAACUUUAUCCAACUCGAGCAAGCUAACCAGGCAGCUGAAGCUAUAUAACAUUAGCUAAAUUCAAGGACGGACUUAGAACUCUACAAGGGUAAGAGUUCAGUUUUGCUGGCUAACUGUCAAAGAGUUUCCGCGGAUUAGCCAGUCCGCCUUCCUUGCGUCGUUCGAGGUCAUUCUGUAGCCUCUUUCUAAGAUAGCCAGUGGUUAACUGGAAGGUAGUCAUGAAGAGCCUACCGUAUUUCUGCCGGGGAGAGGUUAUUCGAGGUUUCGGGAGAGGAAGCAAAGAACUGGGAAUCCCUACAGCCAACUUCCCUGACUCAGUGGUGGACAAUCUUCCAGCAGAUAUCGGCACAGGAAUCUACUAUGGCUGGGCCUGCGUCGGUAAUGGUGAUGUCUACAAGAUGGUGAUGAGCAUUGGCUGGAACCCGUACUACAAAAAUACGAAGAAGUCCAUGGAGACCCACGUGAUUCACACAUAUAAAGAGGACUUUUAUGGGGAGAUUCUCAGUGUUGUCAUGGUGGGCUACAUCCGUCCAGAGAGGAGCUACAACUCACUUGAAGCGCUCAUUGCAGCCAUAAACAGCGACAUUGAGGAGGCCAAGGUCAAGCUGGAGCUCCCCGAGCAUCUCAAAUUGAGAGACGACAACUUCUUCACCAGCGCUCCCAGCUCGUCGUCAGCCCUGCCCCCCAACACUGCAUCCACAUCACAGACUAUUAUAAAUGGUCACUGACAGCUGGCUGUGACUGUAGCACAUUGUGUACACACACACACACACACACACACACACUUUUCCAGGAACACGUCU